UCCUCUUUGCCGUCUUCGUUCGGUGAAAUUCCGGAGAAGCACCUCAUUUCCUCGACAUUCUCCUCCUCCUCCUCACUCGCUCACUUCCUCAACCUCACGAAGCCUCCAGAACCCCUGUGUUCCCAUCAUUAUCUCUUGGGUUCGCUAAUUUUUUUCUUCCUUCUCACUCUGAUCGACAGGGCAGUGUCGCUUCUUAAAUAUUAAACAAGAGCCAUGGAUGCUGAUUCUUCCUGGGCUGCUCGUCUCUCAUCUGCCUCUAAGCGUUACCAGUCUGCUCUUCAAUCCCGAUCAGAUAUGUUCAUGGGUUUUGACGAAAAUGAUGGAGAUGAUGAUAUAAGGGAGGAGUUUCUUUGCCCAUUUUGUUCUGAAUAUUUUGAUAUUGUUGGAUUAUGCUGCCACAUCGAUGAAGAGCAUCCCAUGGAGGCUAAAAGUGGGGUAUGUCCGGUUUGUGCAUUGAGGGUGGGGUUUGAUAUGGUUGCACACAUAACGCUACAGCAUGGAAGCAUAUUCAAGAUGCAGCGCAAGAGGAAAUCACGUAAAGGUGGAUCUUAUUCAACUCUAUCGCUAUUGAGGAAGGAGCUGCGAGAAGGAAAUUUACAAUCCCUUUUUGGUGGGUCCUCAUGUACAGUGUCCUCUUCUAAUGCAGCUGCCGAUCCAUUGCUGUCAUCGUUUAUAUUGCCUGUAGCUGAUGAAUUGGCCUGUGCUCAGACCCACUUUCCUACUGAAUCAAGGUCAACCAAGAAAAUCUCAAAUGAAACUGUUUCAAAACGAAAUGUAGAGACGUCUCCCCUAUCAGUCAAGGAUAAGGAAGAGAGGGCGAAAAGAUGUGAAUUUGUUCAUGGGCUGUUGCUGUCCACCAUAUUUGAUGACAAUUUAUGAAGUUCAUCAUGAUGGCUGCUGCAUCAACGCACUUUAAAACACAGAUGGCUUACCUGCAACUUAUGGUUUGUCUAGUGACGUUGUCGAAGUAUUUGAUGAGAAUGGAAUAAGGUUACGAGUGUAAUUUAUGCUGUAUGUGAACUGAAGUAUUCUGGUCCCUGUGAUCCUUUAAUAUUAGGUCAUAAAGCUUCAAUGGAAAAGAAUUGUUCCUUUGGCCAAAAAGAAAAAAAGAAAUUGUUCCUUCAA